ACGUGUGACUUGCUGCAUAGCUGAUCUAUGCCCCUCUCCCGGGCACAAGAUCUACGAGCACUGCACUUCCUUUCCCCGUAUGGUGAAACUUCAGAACAACAGAUUACAGUGACGAGAGUCUUCACUCCAUCGACGCACAUCCGAGAUGGCUUUCAUGGCGGUCUUGGAGUCCGACCUCCGCGCUCUCUCUGCCGAAGCUCGCCGUCGUUAUCCCGCUGUUAAAGACGGUGCAGAACAUGCCAUCCUCAAGCUUCGAACGUUGUCAAGUCCGAGUGAAAUUGCACAUAAUGAGGACAUAUUACGCAUAUUUUUGAUGGCUUGUGAGGUCCGAACAGUCAAGCUUAGCAUUAUUGGGCUUUCGUGUCUGCAGAAACUGAUAUCCCAUGAUGCUGUUUCCCCAUCCGCCCUGAGGGAGAUUUUAUCUACUCUGAAGGACCAUGCUGAAAUGGCAGAUGAGGGUGUUCAGCUCAAGACCCUUCAAACAACAUCAAUAAUAUUUCAAUCACGAUUGCACCCUGAAAAUGAGGAUACCAUGUCUCAAGCUCUUGGUAUCUGUCUCAGGCUUCUCGAAAACACUCGAUCUUCUGAUAGUGUGCGGAAUACCGCAGCAGCUACCUUCAGGCAGGCAGUAGCCCUAAUUUUUGAUCGUGUAGUUUUGGCCGAGUCUCUUCCUGCUGGCAAAUUUGGUUUUGGAGGUCAGCUCACUAGGACAACUUCAGUUACUGGUGAUGUUAACCGCAGCAUCAAUUUGUCCAACUCAUUAGAUAAUGAAAUUGUUUCUGGGAGUCCUGCUGUGACGAGGGAGAAUUUAACUGAAACCGGAAAACUUGGGCUGCGCUUGCUUGAAGACCUGACAUCUCUUGCCGCAGGUGGAUCUGCAAAUUGGUUACGUGCCAACAUUCUUCAGAGAACAUUUGCACUUGAUAUUCUUGAGUUCGUUUUGUCCAAUUAUGUGGCUAUCUUCAGAACCUUGUUACCCUAUGAACAGGCUUUACGACGACAAAUUUGUUCACUUCUUAUGACUUCACUUCGUACCAAUGCUGAGCUUGAUGGAGAAACUGGUGAACCUAGCUUUCGUCGUUUGGUCUUGCGAUCGGUUGCUCAUAUUAUAAGACUUUACAGUUCUUCCCUUAUAACUGAAUGUGAGGUUUUUCUCAGUAUGUUGCUGAAGGUUACUUUUCUUGAUUUGCCAUUGUGGCAUCGCAUUCUUGUUCUUGAGAUUUUAAGGGGGUUUUGUGUUGAGGCACGGACACUGCGGAUUCUUUUCCAAAACUUUGAUUUGCACCCCAAGAAUACAAAUGUUGUGGAGGGAAUGGUCAAAGCUCUUGCAAGGGUUGUUUCAAAUGUACAGGUUCAAGAAUCAAGUGAGGAGAGCUUGGCUGCUGUUGCUGGAAUGUUUAGUAGCAAAGCCAAAGGUAUUGAAUGGAGUCUAGAUAAUGAUGCAUCCAAUGCUGCAGUUUUGGUUGCCAGUGAAGCACAUGCCAUAACUUUGGCAGUUGAAGGCCUGCUAGGAGUUGUCUUCACUGUUGCAACUUUAACUGACGAAGCCAUAGAUGUUGGAGAGCUUGAGUCUCCUAGAUGUGAUAAUGAUCCACCUGUGAAAUGGUCUGGCAAAACUACAGUUCUCUGCAUCUCAAUGGUCGACUCACUGUGGUUGACAAUACUUGAUGCAUUAUCCCUUAUUUUAUCAAGGUCACAUGGAGAGGCCAUUGUUUUAGAAAUAUUAAAGGGAUACCAGGCAUUUACUCAGGCUUGUGGGAUUCUCCGAGCUGUAGAACCUUUAAACUCCUUUCUUGCAUCCCUUUGCAAAUUUACAAUCAAUUUUCCUGCUGAAACAGAAAGAAAGAGUGCUUUGCCGUCUCCUGUAUCAAAACGGUCAGAACUAUCACUUGAUCAGAGGGAUAAUGUUGUGCUUACUCCUAAGAAUGUGCAGGCCUUGAGAACUCUUUUCAACAUUGCUCAUCGGCUGCAUAAUGUUCUGGGCCCAUCCUGGGUUCUGGUGUUGGAAACUCUGGCAGCUUUAGAUCGGGCAAUUCAUUCUCCACAUGCCUCUACUCAGGAGGUCUCCACCCCUGUAAAGUUCUCAAGAGAGUUGUCUACACAAUACAGUGACUUCAAUAUACUCUCGUCUUUGAACUCUCAGCUCUUUGAGAGCUCUGCUCUGAUGCAUAUACCUGCUGUUAAGUCUCUCCUCAGUGCAUUGUGUCAACUUUCACAUCAAUGCAUGUCGGGUACUUCAAGCAGUUCAGGACCAACAGCUAGUCAAAAAAUUGGAAGCAUCAGCUUUUCAGUGGAAAGAAUGAUCUCCAUCCUUGUGAAUAAUGUUCACAGAGUUGAACCAUUUUGGGAUCAAGUAACUUGUCACUUUCUUGAGCUAGCUGAUAAUUCUAAUCCACAUUUGAAAAACAUGGCACUUGAUGCACUUGAUCAAUCUAUAUCUGCAGUCUUGGGUUCGGAGAGGUUCCAAGACUACAAACAAUCCAAGUCUCUUGAAACAUCACAGGAAAUGGAAGUCAACAUCGACAAGUUGAGGUCUCUUGAAUGUUCAGUCAUAUCUCCCCUAAAGGUUCUUUAUUUUUCUUCUCAAAGUGUAGAUGUUCGUGUUGGAUCUUUGAAAAUUCUUUUGCAUGUCUUGGAGAGGUAUGGAGAGAAACUUCAUUACAGCUGGCCUAAUAUACUUGAAAUGUUGAGGUAUGUAGCAGAUGUUGCGGAGAAGGAUCUUGUUACUCUCGGCUUCCAGAACCUAAGAGUGAUAAUGAACGAUGGACUGUCCACCUUACCUACAGACUGCCUUCAAGUGUGUGUUGAUGUGACUGGAGCAUACAGUGCUCAGAAGACCGAGUUAAACAUAAGCUUGACAGCAGUGGGACUUCUGUGGACUAUGACUGAUUUCAUUGCAAAGGGUCUUCUCAAUGGACCUUUUGAAGGAAAGGGUACAGGUGUCAAUUCCAUAGUGAAGCAGAUAAACAAUGAAAAGACGGAGGGUGGAACACAUAUUUCUAAUAUUGUGAGAGAUAAGGCUUCUUCUAUAGAUGGUGUUGAUUUUGAGAAGCUUCUAUUCUCUGUUUUCUCCUUACUUCAAAACCUUGGGGCAGAUGAGAGACCAGAGGUGAGGAAUUCCUCAGUCAGGACACUGUUCCAAACUUUAGGAACUCAUGGACAAAAGCUUUCAAAGAACUUGUGGGAAGAUUGUCUUUGGAAUUAUGUAUUUCCUACAUUGGACCGUGCUUCUCAUAUGGCUGCUACCUCUUCAAAAGAUGAAUGGCAAGGGAAAGAGCUUGGAACUCGAGGAGGAAAAGCAGUUCACAUGCUCAUACAUCACAGUCGUAACACGGCUCAGAAGCAGUGGGAUGAAACUCUUGUGCUUGUUUUUGGUGGAAUAGCACGUAUAUUACGGAUGUUCUUCCCCUUUUUCACAAGCUUAAGUAACUUUUGGUCUGGCUGGGAAUCAUUACUUCAAUAUGUUGAAAAUAGCAUUUUAAAUGGUAGUAAAGAGGUUGCACUUGCAGCAAUAAAUUGUUUGCAGACAACUGUUAUUUCCCACUCAUCUAAGGGAAAUAUGCCAAUGCCUUACCUUAUUUCAGUAAUUGAUGUUUACGAGCUUGUUCUGAGAAAGCCUUCUAGUUACCAUGGCAGUGCUGCUGAUAAGGUGACGCAGGAGAUUUUGCAUGGUCUUGGAGAGUUGUAUGUGCAGGCUCAAGGACUGUUCAAUGAUGUUGUAUACACACAAUUGAUAUCAAUCAUAGAUUUGGCCGUGAAGCAAGCCAUGUUAACUAAUGAUAACUUUGAAAUGGAAUUUGGGAAUGUCCCACCAGUGCUACGGACUAUACUGGAAAUCUUGCCACUGUUACGUCCAACAGAGCACAUUUGUUCUAUGUGGUCCCUUCUUCUUCGAGAGUUUCUUCAGUAUCUUCCUAGGCAGGAUUCUCAUUUACAUAAUGAGGAUGGUAAAAUAGAUCAAGCAAGAGAUUAUCAGAUUAAACAUGAUGCACCAAAUGGUGCUACUCCAAUAUCACACAAUGAAGUAGCAGCACCAAAUGCCAUUCCAAGUUACAUAUUUGCAGAAAGGCUAGUUCCAGUGCUAGUAGAUCUAUUCUUGCAAGCACCUGCAGUUCAAAAGCAUAUUAUGUACCCUGAAAUUAUUCAAAGUCUUGGAAGAUGUAUGACAACAAGAAGAGAUAGUCCUGAUAGUGCACUUUGGAGAUUAGCUGUCGAAGCGUUCAACCGUCUUCUUAUUGAUUACGUCACCAAUUUAACCAAUGGAGGUUCAGAUUCAAGUACUAGUAAAUCUGUCAGAACAAGAAUAUGGAAGGAGAUUGCGGAUGUUUAUGAAAUAUUCCUAAUUGGAUAUUGUGGACGAGCUCUUCCUUCAAAUUCCCUCUCAGCUGUGGUGCUAGAGGCUGAUGAGUCCCUUGAGAUGUCCAUCUUAAAUGUUCUUGGUGACACAGUCCUUAAGUUGCCAGUUGACACACCUACGGAUAUUCUGCUGCGACUGGUCUCCACAUUGGACCGAUGUGCAUCACGCACAUGCUCAUUACCUGUUGAGACUGUAGAGCUUAUGCCUCCUCACUGCAGCAGAUUUUCUUUGACUUGUUUACAAAAGUUGUUUUCUUUGAGCAGUUAUUCUAAUGAAGUCAAUUGGAAUAUGACAAGAUCCGAAGUCAGCAAAAUCUCAAUUACGAUGCUCAUGACCAGAUGUGAAUACAUCUUGGGCAGGUUUCUGACAGAUGAAAAUGUCUUAGGUGACUGUCCAUUACCAAAAGCAAGACUUGAAGAAAUUAUUUAUGUUCUCCGAGAACUGGCACAUGUUGUAAUUCAUCCAGAUGCAGCAUCUGUUCUCCCUAUACACCCCUUGUUGAGAACUGGCCUAGCAGAGGACAAGGAGAAGCACAACAACCGACCCCAUUUGUUUGUGUUGUUACCUUCCUUUUGUGAGCUUGUUACAUCAAGAGAAUUAAGAAUACGGGAGCUAGUGCAAGUACUGCUUCAGUUAGUAACCAAGGAAUUGUCUCUGGAAAAGCUCAGCUCACCGAGUGAAAAGAAUACUUCCAGAUAAGCCCAUUUCAUAAGUUUUACAUUGAAAAUUAAGCUUAUGAAAAUACCAAGCUUUUCUCCUUUUACCCUCGGCUAGGAUUGUAUAUUUUUUUCUUUCUGUAGACUAGACUAGAACCACCUAUAGGAGGUUUUCACGGUCUUUUCUUUUGCCUGUCAUAAAUUAUUGUCAACCAUACUCUUUCGGCUCUAUAAGCGUCGUGCCCUUGACCUCCUCAAACUGGGAGAGUUAUAAAUCUGGGAAAUCAAUGGAGCAGCUGAGAGAAUUGUGUGGUUUAUACAAUCAGAUAUUGUAAAGGAAGGAACAACAAAGGAGGGGGAAGAAACUGUGAAAAUUGUCCUAGUGAGAGGAUCUAUGUGCCCCUUGACUCGCCAAUUUUGUUGUACAAAAUCACAGCGAAAUGUGUCUGAUGUUGUGCCCAAUUUUUUAAACUCGGGCCCAGGCCUUAAUUUUUUGUUUGUUCAUGCAAAUCUUUUUUGCACCUUUAAAUGUUCAAUGAUAUGUAUAAUAUCUCAUUUAUUGUGACUGAGAAACAAACGGAUAUUAUAUGACGGAAUUCUCGGAUCGAGCAUGUCUUCCGAGAAGAAAUAGUCUGAAUUCCAUCGUAUUCCUAAAUGCUUUUGUUGAGAAAAUUGUUGUACUCUUGAUGCUAGUGUCUUUAAACGAGUAUACCAUCUUUGUUAAUAAA